CUCGCCUAAGCUUGAGCGUGGUAACUGAGACAGCUGAAGUGCGAUUGCUGGUUUUAAAAUCUCCUUUCAGUAGGUGCAAUGGCAAAGCGUGUAGCAGUGAUCCUUGCUGGCUGUGGAGUUUAUGAUGGAACUGAGAUCCACGAGGCUUCUGCCAUACUGGUUCACCUUAGUCGGGCUGGUGCCAAGGUCCAGAUGUUUGCCCCUAAUGCUGAGAUGAUGCAUGUUGUAAACCACUGUGAAGGAAAACCUGUGGCAGACAAGCGCAAUGUGAUGCAGGAAAGUGCUCGAAUUGCUCGUGGAGAUAUCACUGACCUGGCCGAGCUAGAUGUAGCUAAUCAUGAUGCAGUCAUAUUUCCAGGAGGCUUUGGAGCAGCUAAGAAUCUCAGUGACUGGGCCAUCAAGGGCAAAGAUUUCUCAGUGAAGCCGCUGGUCGAGAAGGUCAUCGAGAGCUUCCACCAGGCAGGAAAGCCGCUGGGCAUGUGCUGUAUUUCUCCAGUACUUGCCGCAAAGACUCUUGCAGGUUGUGAACUUACUGUGGGCCAUGACACAAAGUGUGAGAAAUGGCCAUAUGCUGACACAGCCAAGACAAUGGUGGAGAUGGGCUCUAAGCAUGUUAAUAAGAAUGUGGGAGAAGUGCAUGUGGAUAAAAAGAAUAAACUAGUAACUUCUUGUGCAUUCAUGUGCAAUGCCCCAUUACAUGAGGUUUAUGAUGGACUGGGGGUCAUGGUAACAGAGGUUCUUAAACUUGCCUGAUUUGGCUAUUUAA